AGAAGUACCUCUACACCUUUCCACUAUUCCUAUCUAUUUUUGUGUAUAAAUACAUAUCCAUUUCACAAACCACUCACCAACAACAACAAAUCCCGUUUCAUUUCAGCUACUACUCUUUUUUACUCCCUCUCUCUUUCUCUCUCUUUGUUUGUUUCAUUGUAUGGCAGCCAAUUCGAGUAGCCGAUCGAUUUCUGGCUUCGGGAAGCGAGUUUUCAUCCAGAUCUGGAACUCCAACUCUAAAUCUUCUCCUCUCCCAAUCGCAUCUAGGAGGGCAGCAUACAGUUCUUUGUACGACAAGAACGCUGAUGAUCACAACCAUUCCGGGCCAGUCCCUGAUGAUGUGAUCCAGGCAGCUGAAUCCACCAAAUACUGGGCACCACACCCACAGACUGGAGUAUUUGGGCCCCCAGGCGAGCAAGCCACUGCUGGCUUCCAUUCAGCCUCCACUGCUGAUGCAACUGCUGCUGCUGCUGCUGCGGGGUCAGUGCUUGAGGAAAAGGCUUGGUUUCGCCCCAUCAGCAUUGAGGACUUGGAGAAGCCCCACUCUCAUCCUUGAUAUAGUUUAUAAUCCUUUCCUUUAGAAGAUAAUAUAUGUAUAUGCGUGCCUCUAUACUCUAAAAUAAUAAAUAAGGGCAGUACUUGUGACCGGCCAAGUGUGUGGUUAUUCUAGCUUGUGUAUGUUUUGUGCUGAACUUCAGAGUGUGCACAGACUGCACUGCAGGUUGAUGCUCUUUGAAGAGUUUGGGCUUGAGACAUAGCUAGACAUGAACUACUUUCUUAUGCAUGUAAGCUUGUUUUUGCUUUUGCUUUUAUGCAGCUUUAAUAUUAGACCUAUGGUAAUGGUUGUGCUUA